AUGAAGGACAUCAUAGUUUUGUUUUUCUUGGUCACCUUGACGACAUGCUCUGCCCGUACCUAUAAAAAUGUGGCUCUUCGUGGCAAAGCUACGCAGUCCAGCAGAUACAACAGUGAAUAUUCGGCAGCCUCCAACGCCAUCGAUGGGAACCGGGAAUCUGACUACAACGCAGGGUCCUGUGCUGUGACGAAGUGGCAGACAAACCCCUGGUGGAAAGUGGACCUGCUGGAGACCUACAUCGUCACCUCCAUCACCAUCACAAAUAGAGGAGACUGCUGCCCUGAGAGACUGGACGGGGCUGAGAUCAAUGUGGGCAACUCGUUACACUAUAAUGGGAAUUCUAAUCCUGUAGUGGCGGUGCUCCCACACAUCCCACCAGGCCGCUCUCUCACCAUCACCCUCAGGAGACGAGUGGAGGGCCGAUAUGUCUAUGUGGUUCUACCAGGAAUCAACAGGCAACUGACCCUCUGUGAAGUGGAGGUCUAUGGAUACCGUGCACCAACCGGAGAAAAUCUGGCCUUCAAGGGAAGAGCUACACAAUCAUCAAUAUAUGCCAAUAACAUGCUAUGGGCAGCUAUCCAAGCUACAGAUGGAAACCGUAUGACAAAUACUCACACGUUUAAUGAUCUGAACCCCUGGUGGAGACUGGAUCUGGCGAAAACAUACAGGAUUUUCACCGUAAAUGUAACCAAUGCGAAUGGAAUUUAUUCCGCAAGACUGAAUGGAGCAGAGAUUCGCAUUGGAGAUUCCCUUGAAAACAAUGGCAACAACAACCCAAGGUGUGCAGUCAUCAGAAAUAUUCCUUCAGGUUUCACUCAGGGGUUUAACUGUGAUGGGAUGGACGGUCGGUACGUUAACAUAGUGAUCCCAGGACGGAUAGAGUACCUGCAUGUGUGUGAGGUGGAGGUCUACGGCUCUGUGCUCGACUAGAUGUUCUGACAACACAAUACAGUGUUGUGAGUGGUUGGAUGUGUACAUUUUGUGAUUAUUAAACUGCUAAAAGUAACUAUAUGACAUUUUUUACACAAGAUUUAUUGUGCUACUGUCUGACUGAUCACAUGACUUUUUCAUGUUAAUUUGGCUCAUCAGACAUGUCUUUUCAGUUUAUCUGUUAUAUAUUGGUGUGAAUAGUACAAUGUGUACUUUUGCGAUGUUUAAUGUACAUGUAUGUGUGU